GGGCCUGUUGGUGUUUUCUGCAGCUAGUUGACUUUCAGUAGCUGAAGGGGAAGUUUCAGCUGCUCUUUGCGGCACAGUUUCUGGACACAGCGGCAGAUAUUAACCCAAACAGACAUGAAUUUAAUCAGAUCUCGCCUCACCGUGGGAAACCUUCUCGGUCAGAGGGUCCGAGGGAUGUGCAAUAAACUUCCGGAGGCCAAGCCAGAGGUCUCUCCAGCAGCUCCAGCACAAGAAUCCAGACCCUUAUUCAAAACCCCCGGCUACAGACCCUCCAACAUGGACAGGAAGAUUUUACUGUGGGCAGGUCGCUUCAAGACUGCGGACCAGAUCCCAGAAACUGUGUCCUUUGAGAUGAUCGACAAUGCCAGAAACAAAAUCAGAGUGAAAGCUGCCUAUCUGAUGAUGGCGUUGACAAUAGGAGCCUGUGUGCUGAUGGUGAUUAUGGGUAAAAAGGCUGCAGGUCGAAACGAGUCUCUGACUGUAUACAACUUGGAAAAGAAAGCCAAAUGGAGGGAGGAACUCGAGAAAGAAAAGACUCAGUGAUGGACAUCAGUAGUCAUGAUGCAGUUGCAACCAGAAAAUUAACUUUAAAAUAAAGGAAACAGACUUGUCUUUUGUUUUCAGUCUGAUAUUAAAUAAAAAUAUUUUCCCAUUUUAAAACAGUUAAAUUUGCCUCAAUUUUGGCAACAUUAUUUUAAUCAAGUACUGCCUAAAUUAGAGUUUUUUGGUGAAAUGUACUUUCCUUAACGUCUACAUUUGAUGUAUCAUUUUAGCAGCUAAGAUACUUAAGCUCCAAGACAUUUUUCUCCGAAUGUAACUGGUUAUUCGCACACA